AUGGGUGUCAUCAUGAAGUACAUUGCCGUUGUCGCAGCCAUGGCCGCCCAGGCCUCUGCCAUCGCCGUCUCGGGCGCUGCUGAGGGUUUCGCCAAGGGUGUGACCGGUGGUGGCUCUGCUACCCCAGUCUACCCCAGCACCACCGCCGAGCUGGUCUCGUACCUGGGUGACUCUUCUCCCCGUGUCAUUGUACUGACCAAAACCUUCGACUUCCGCAACACUGAGGGCACCACCACCGGCACUGGUUGUGCUCCCUGGGGUACUGCCUCUGCUUGCCAGCUUGCUAUCAACCAGAACAACUGGUGCACCAAUUAUCAGUCGUCUGCUCCCUCCGUCUCCGUGACCUAUGACAACGCCGGCAGCCUCGGUAUCACCAUCGCCUCCGACAAGACUAUUCUGGGCUCUGGCUCCGCCGGUAUCAUCAAGGGUAAGGGUCUCCGUAUCGUCAGCGGUGCCAGCAACAUCAUCAUCCAGAACAUUGCCGUCACCGACAUCAACCCCAAGUACGUCUGGGGAGGCGAUGCCAUUACCAUCGACAACGCCGACAUGGUCUGGAUCGACCAUGUCACCACCGCCCGCAUCGGCCGCCAGCACAUCGUCCUCGGCACCGACGCCUCUAAGCGCGUCACCAUCUCCAACAGCUACAUCAACGGCGUGAGCGACUACUCCGCCACCUGCGACGGCUAUCACUACUGGGGUAUCUUACUCGACGGCUCCAGCGAUCUCGUCACCCUGAAGGGAAACUACAUCUACCACACGUCCGGCCGUGCCCCCAAGGUCACGGGCAACACCCUCCUGCACGCCGUCAACAACUACUGGUACUCCAACAGCGGCCAUGCCUUCGAGAUCGGCUCCGGCGGCUACGUCCUCGCCGAGGGCAACGUCUUCCAGAACAUCCCCACCGUCGUCGAGGCCCCAAUCUCUGGCCAGCUCUUCAGCUCGCCUGACACCACCACCAACGCCAAAUGCAGCUCGUACCUCGGCCGGUCUUGCGUGGUCAACGGAUUCGGAUCCUCCGGUACCUUCAGCCAGGCUGAUACUGGGUUCCUGUCCGGCUUUUCCGGCAAGAACAUUGCUUCUGCUGCCGCUAGCACUACCGUUGUUUCGAGCGUUAUUGCUAACGCUGGACAGGGUAAUCUUUAA